AUGAACCCCGCCAACCCCGCGGUGACCUUGGACUCGUUACCCAACGAGGUAUUUCUCCAAAUCCUAUCCGACUUCUCAACCCGGGCACUUCUCCCGCUCACAUCAGUCAACCACCGAUUCCACGCUUUAGUUUUAAGAAUCCUCCACUACCGCCUACUUCUCGGCAUACCACUCAAGGAAUACAAAUUACUAUUGGAAUGCUUUCAUCCUAGCUCAAAGCUCACCGAGCCACAUGUCUUCUGCAAAUACCUCGGUACAGAUGGCCUGAGCGAUUGUCAUGAUGGCGCGGGUUCGUUGUAUGAGAAUCUCGAUACCGCCCACCAGCUUGGUAGAGUAAUGGGGCUAUAUUCGCGCUUCCGUCCAGAGGUAAGCAGCGAUGAGGAAAAAAGGGGGACAUAUGGCUCGAAGUUCGGUUUCUCGCCAGGUAGGAUGCUUCUUUUGUCGGAGGUAGUGGGGUUCAUACGGGCUGACAUGAAUGUGGGUCGACAAGACAAGGGAGAGGAUGCAGUGAUACGCGAGGUUAAUUUGGACGGAUGUGAGGAUUUCUCACAGUUAUGUGUGGUAGCCAAUCUAGUACAAGUUAAGCCGGGAACGUUGUUGCUGUUGAGUGCAUCGACUAUUGAGGAUGGGUUUGUUCGGUUAUGGAGGGAGUGGUUGCGCGGUCAAAGUGGGAAGAUGGAAAGCACUACUGAGACUGACUGGGAAGGGGGCUCUGAAAAGGCGAGGAUGUCUUCCGACGACGAUAUACUAUGGGUGGAUACUAGUAAAACCGUUGGGUUAAAAAUGCGCGUGCGGCCAAAGGCGUGGGACCCGUCUUUCCCAGUUCUUGUGCAUCAAGAUGAUCGGGAUGAUGACUCUUGGGUUGGGUACGAGGUGAUUUUACAAGAACUCCACAUCCGCUCUACGCGUUUGCUGCUGGCUGUUGAGCAGUCAAAGGAGGAGCAGAAAAUCCAUCAAACCAACGCAAUGGUGAUUGGGGCUGCCCCAAUCUCGAUAUCUUGA